AUGGCAUAUGACAUUCCCACAUACCUCCUAGACAGGGCAAACAUCCACGACACAAUAACCACCCUCGGCCACGCCCUCGACGCGGGUGACAAGACACUCCUAACGACAAAAGUAUACGCGCAAGAGAUAGACCUGGACUACGCCGCCUUCUUCGGCGCCGACGGCCCCACGCACGCCACGAGCGAAGAUUGGUCUCGCACCGCGCUCGCCGCCGUCGACGGCAUGACGGCGACGCAGCACAUCGUCACCAGCAUCGUCGCGUACCUCCCCCAGCCUUCGGCGUCUGCAUCCGAGAGACCGGGGACGUGUAAGGCCGUCGCCAAUGUAUCUGCGAGUCUUGUGAGGGAGGGCGCGAGGGGCGGUGCGUUGAUGCAGAAUGGGGGCCACUACGAGUUUGAACUCGUUCGCGUCAAGGAGCUGGAAGAACAGGGUCAGAACCCAUGGCGCAUCAGUUUCCACAAGGCCGUCCCGACAUGGGAGAACGGCAACUGGGCCGUUUUCAGCCCCCCUAAUAUCCCGCCUAUAUACCCCAAGAACGACAAGACUCCAUAA